AUGACCAAGGGCGGCAGUGGUAAACCUAAAACACUAGGUCGUCUGAUAUUUGGCGAAAAGAGAAAACAACAUGCAUCACCAUCUCGUCAUCGUUCAUCCACACGUAAUGAAAAUAGUACACAAGAUUUACCAUCAUCGAAUGGUAUUCCAGCAAGUAAAAAUGCAAUAAAUUUACAUGAUUGGGCUAUUUGGCGAAUGCAAUUGAAUGAACAAAUGGGUUCGGGAAUGGGUGAACGACGAUCUGAUCUUAAACAUAUGCGACAAUUUCUUCAAUCAAAUCCAUUUUAUCAACAACAUAGUCGAGAUCGAUCCAAUGGUCACUCUAAUGGAGUUCGAUUACUUUUCUCAAUUCCACAUGCUAAACUUAAACCUGAAUUUUUAAAUGAAUCACAAGGAGGAAUUAAUAAAAUUGCUACUAUUAUUACUACUACUAAUAAUAAUAAUCAUGCUCAUAAUGAACUAGAAGAUACGGUAGUAUAUGACCAAAAGAAAAUUCGAUCAAAUAGUGAUGAUCGAACAACAACAAGUAUCAAUUCAAUUUCAGCAGUACAACCAAUGAUUGUUGAUAAAGCUAUUAGUCAUUUAAUACCUAAAGGAUUCAUGGGAAAUACAAGUGGCUUUCGUCAUAUUAAUGAACAAAUGAUAGCAGCUGAUGGAAUACAAACACGUCGAUCAGUUCGAAGUUCUUUUACUACAUCAGAUCGAAUUCAUUCAACAUUACAAAAAGCUGUUAAAGAUGGAAAUGUUCUCGAAAAAAUCAAAGCAUUUGAAAUGCAAGCAGCUGCAGCGGCUCAAGCUGAAUCAAUAACAAAACUAGGUGGUAUAAAUCAUCGAAUUCAACCUAUACAAUCAAUUGCACAUCGUACAUUAAGUCCACCUACUAUACAUCCUAUUCACAAUACAAUAUCUCCUAUGACAAUACAAGAACAAUCGAUUCAUUCCAAUCGUAAUCAUCACCAUAUUCAUUCAGGUCAACAACGUUAUGAUGGUGGUAGUCAUGCAUUAAUUCAUGGUCAUGAAUCUCGAAAAGGAGCUCAUGUUCUUGAGCCAGCUCAUGGUGAUAUUAUUCUUAAACGUCGAACACCUUCACAAAAAACAAUUGAUGAAGAUUAUUCAAUUACAGCUAUUAGUUCUAUGGCAUUAACAAAUUCUCAAGCUCAUCGGGGUGGUAAUCAUCAUCAUCAUCAUCAUCGAACAAGUGCAUCUCGUUCUCGACAUCGUCAAGAAAUGACGCAUGGUAAACGUACACCUAGUAAUCAUGAAAAUCUUUUACACAAACAAAAAGGAUCAAUAACACCAUCAGCUAAAUCUUCAACACGUCGUCGUUGGCUUAAAGGACGAAAAGAAACACCUGUUGAAAAUCUUCCUAUUCAAAAUAAUAAACAAGAAAUACCUACUACUAAAUCAAAUAAAAAUCAUAAAAAGAAAAUUAUUGAACAAGAAAAAAUUGAUCGAAAAAAGUUAUCAAAAUCUGAUAAAGAGAAAUUAACAUCGGAUAAUAAUCGUGUUUAUGGUGUACCAAAUACAAAUUUAAAUGAACAAAUUAAAAUUGAAGAAGAAUGUCAAUCUAAUCAUAUUGAUAAAAAAAAUAUUUAUAUACCAUUAAAAGGAGAAGAUAUAAAUCAAAUGAAAGAAUCUGAAAUAAAAAUUCAACAACGAACAAAUAAAAAACAUCAUCAACAAAAAUUAUCCAGUACAGAUGGAGAAAUUUUAAAUAAAGUUAAAGAAAAUCCUUCUCAAUUUUCUCAUUCGAAAGAUAAUCAUGUACAACAUUCUGAUCAUAAUGAUAAUGAUGAUGAUCAAAGUGGUGCCGAUGAUGUUUUUAUUGAAGAUGUACCUAUGAAACCUAUACCAAAUCUUACACGUCAUCAAUCUAUUGUUAAUCAUCCAAAUAAUCAAUCACGUCGUUUUCAACAAACAUCAUCGAAUACUCUUCGACGUCAUGCAAGUCAAUGUUCAGCCGAUGAAUUUAAGUCUGAACGAAUUAAUUCUAAUACUCUUAAGAAAAAAUCAUCACCAUUAACAUUAAUUACACGUAAAAAUAAAAUCAAUCAAGAUGAACAAAUUGUUUAUGAAGCACCACUUUCUGAACAAACACAAGCACCUAUAUGUAAUACACAUACAUUAAAGAAAAAACGUCCAUUUCAUACAAUUAAUACAAUAGGAUCUAGUACUAAUACUACACAUAAUACUACUAAUAAACAAAUUAGUAAACAAAUUCUUCAUGCUAUUAUGAAUUCAAUGAAUAAUAAUCAAGAACAGAUAAUAAUACCAUCACAAGCAUCACCAUCAUCAGUCAAUGAUGAAUUUUUUGAAAAUGGACCACUUACAAAUCCUGAAGAAACUCUUACAAAUGUUACAACUUCAAAUUAA